AUGAGCGGCGACUACACAGCUUUCUUCUAUGGCACCUUGAUGGCCCCUGAGGUCUUCUUCACCGUUUGCUACGGCGAUCGGAACCCCCCUCAGGCUAUCAAGGACAUGCACACAUUCACUCCUGCCAUCCUCGAAGGCUAUUGUCGUCACCGAGUCCAGCAUGCUGAUUAUCCUGCUGUUGUGGCUGAGGAGGGACACACGGUUCUCGGUGUAUACGCCACUGGACUCACUGACGCCAACAUGGAUAAGCUUGACAGAUUCGAGGGGUCUGAAUACGUUAAGGAAACCGUCAAAGUCAAGGUGCUGAACAAGGACGGGACUGCUCCCGCCAAGGAGUUCAAGGAGGCGUCGGUCUACGUAUUCAAUGAGCCCUCUUACCUAGAGAAAGGCGAAUGGAACUUUGAGGAGUUUCGAGAGCAGAAGAUGCACGAAUGGACUCGGGGCGGUUUGGCUUUUGGUGAAUGUAAGUUGACCGAACUCAUGUUCGCGCCUGAUACUGACGACACGACUGUAGAAGGCACCGAUCAGGGCACCAAUGGCGAUUCCGGGUAG